GCAGCUUUAGGCUCCGCCCCUCUCCAUGUGACAGCUAGACUUAACAGCAGGUCUUCAGUCAUUCAAGUCGCGGUUGUGGAUUAAAACAGAAAAGAGUGCAGAGAUGCGGGUGGCAGUGAUUGGAGCWGGAGUCAUUGGCCUGUCCACAGCUCAGAGCAUCUAUGAGCAGUUUCACUCCAAAGUCCACCCACUGACCAUCGAGGUGUAUGCAGACAGUUUCACUCCACUGACCACCAGCGAUGGAGCUGCUGGCUUGUGGCAGCCCUACCUUUACGAUAAAGGCAACGUCCAGGAAACUAAAUGGAACAAGGAGACGUUUGACUACUUGUUGAAGUGUCUGAGCUCACCAGAGUCCAUGAAAAUGGGUAUAUUCCUUCAGUCAGGCUACAACCUCUGCACUGAUCCACUUCCAGAGCCCUCCUUUAAAGACAUCGUCCUGGGCUUCAGACAGCUCACGGAGCGAGAAAUUAAGAUGUUUCCUGGAUACAAGCAUGGCUGGUUCAACACAGCUCUCAUGGUGGAAGGUAAAACGUACUUACCCUGGCUGAUGGACUGGUUGAAAGACAAAGGUGUGAAAUUUCACCACAAGAAAAUUGAGUCAUUUAAAAAGCUGUCUGAAGCCGGGGCAGAUGUGAUUAUAAACUGCACUGGGGUCAGAUCAGGAGAGCUGCAGCCGGACCCGGACCUUAAACCGGGCCGUGGUCAGAUAGUAAAGGUGGACGCCCCCUGGCUAAAGCACUGGAUUAUAACCCACAGCGUUAAAGAUGGAGUCUAUAAUUCACCGUAUAUCAUUCCUGGGAGUCGUCUUGUGACGGUCGGAGGAGUUUUCCAAGUGGGAAACUGGAGCGAACAAAACAACUCCAUCGACCACAAACACAUCUGGGAAGAAGCUUGUAAGCUGGAGCCGAGUCUUAAGCAUGCCAGGAUAGUGGAGGACUGGUCUGGUCUCAGACCUGUUCGCAGCAAAGUCCGACUGGAGCGGGAGACCAUUCAGUCCGGUUCAUCUGCAAUCGAGGUGAUACACAACUACGGUCACGGAGGUUUCGGACUCACCAUCCACAGAGGCUGUGCUGAGGCGGCGGCGAGGCUCUUCGGUCAGAUUGUGGAAGAAAAGGGCAGACAUCCUAAAGCUCGCCUUUAGUUCUGUAUUCUGUAGUGAAGAAUGGUACGCUGCUUUUAAAAACAAAAUUCACUAUCAGCACUUUCCAUGUUCUCUACAACACUAAGUUUUAAAGCAAACAGAUAAUAAAUGCACUAAGAAAUGAGGCUGCUCUUAAUUAUAAUUAAAAGAUGGAUUAAAUCCAUAAAGACUUAAGAGUAAUUCACAGAAAAAUGUCUUUUUAUAAAUGUAUGUUGKAAAAGCACUAAAUCUCUCUUUAAUUUUUUCAAUAAUAAAAGACAUCAACCCAC